AUGGAGAAAGCUGAAUCGAUCGUCGAUUUGUCCAAUACAAUUUUUGCCAGUGACAAUAUUGAAGGCAAAUACUCCUGCGAUUAUUUGGACGAGUUCAAGCCGAAAGGUAUUAUGACUAUUGAUAUUGCGGAUAAAUCCGUUAUUUCUAAAAAUGGAUCGAAGGAAUCGGUAAUUUACAACAUCCCUUGGAAGUUUGGCGUAUACUUUUCGGAUUCUGCAAACACCAAAAUAGGAGUUUCUGUCAAGUGCAACGAGAAAAGCCAAAGCAAAUUGUGGACGUGUAAGGCGAAUAUCACCCUUAAAUUAAUGACGGGAGAGCUGGACAAGUCACCCUGUGAGCUGUGUCAGCAUUCCGAAGUUUUCACGUUCGACAUGUUCCGGAACACAUUCACAAUUUGUGAAUUUACUAAUGCUGAUGAGCUUUAUAUUGAAACGCAUAUGAUACAUGGGUUUGAUCGCGGACCGAAAAAGACAUAUCCGUAUAUCAAUGCUGAAAUUGAUGUGAUUUCUGCGACAGGGAUUCUCAUUGCGCCAAUUUACAAUCCUUUCGAAGUUUCUCCUGAGUUUGGCGAUGCGGUAUUGAUCAUCGAAGGAAAACGGUUGAUUGUGAAUCGAACGUUCCUCGCGUUCCAUUCCCGAUAUUUUCGGACCAUGUUUUUUAGUGGGUUCCGCGAAAAAGAAAUGAAAGAAAUCGAAUUGAAAGAUGUCAGAUUCGACGAUUUCGUUGAGCUUCACAAUUACAUUUUGCCGUAUAAAAUCAAAAUCACAAAAGAAAAUGUGAAAAAUCUGUUGGAUCUAGCAGACCGAUUCGAAAUGCCAGGGGUACUCAUCGAUUGUGAACAGUUUUUGCUGAAAGACGGUGGUUUCGAUUGUAUGGAAAAAAUGAAGCUUUCUGAAAGAUAUAUGCUUGUAAAUCUUCAAGUAUCAUUUUUGUUUUAA